UAUUUAUCAAUUUCAAUUGUAAUUCCUAAAUAUUAUUGGAAUCUAACUAUCCAAACUGCACCAAAACUUCCAAAUUAACACCAAAACUACUCUCAAUAUACUUCGCGGGAUUCUCAUUCCCCCCUUGUCUCUCCCUCUCUAUUGUCACAGUGAAGAAAUGGACCAGAAAAACCUCUCUUCACUUCGCAGCUGUUGUAUUUCACACGAAUUCUACAAAUCGGCUUCCAAAAACCCUAAUAAAAUCGCAGUCAUUCACUCUUCCCGUCGACACCAUACCAAAUCCACCACAGAAAUUGACCAUUCCAUUGAAACAUCACCAUCGCAUGACCAUCAUCCGGUGUACAAAGACGACGUAUGCUUCACUUAUUCGGAAAUUCUAGAAGCUGUAGAUUCUCUUAGCCGCCGUCUACGGUUCAUCCUUGACGGUGGAGCUGAUCCGUAUCUUAUCAGACCUUCCCCAGGCUCUACUCCUAUUGAUCAAUCCACAAACACUCCAAGAAUUGUGGGGAUAUACAUGGCUCCUUCUGUAGAAUAUAUUAUAUCUAUUCUUUCUAUUUUGAGAUGUGGGGAGGCUUUCAUGCCACUAGACCCUUCAUGGCCAAAAGAAAGAGUAUUAUCCGUUGUUUCUUCUUCAAAUUCCAAACUCAUUCUUUGUGGUUCUACUUCAUUUGAUGAAAACUACUCUCACCAAAUCAACAAAUAUCGUUUUCUUGUUGAUAAUGUUGGUUGUCCUGUUUUAGUAAUUUCCAUGAAAACCAACCUUAACAACUACUUUUCUUCCCCUUCUUUACUUUGGCCAUGUGAAAAUAAGACUCUGAGACCAUUUUGUUACUUGAUGUACACCUCUGGAUCAACGGGAAAACCUAAAGGUGUUUGUGGCACUGAACAAGGUCUUCUUAAUCGCUUCGUAUGGAUGCAAGACAUGUAUCCCUUAUGUGGUGAGGAAACUUUGUUGUUCAAAACCUCCAUUGGCUUUAUUGAUCAUCUGCAAGAAAUUUUGGGAGCUCUACUUACUACUUGUACCUUGGUUAUUCCUCCUUUCAGUGUGCUAAAAGAAAAUAUACUUUCCAUCACCGAGUAUUUACAGGACUAUUCUAUCAAUAGGCUUGUUGCUAUACCAUCACUAAUGAGGAUGCUUCUUCCAUCUCUUCAAAGUUCAUAUAGCACAACGAUUAAAACCUCUUUAAAAUUGUUAAUACUAAGUGGAGAAAUCCUUCAUUUAUCCCUAUGGAGUUCUCUUAUAAAGCUAUUACCCAACACCACAAUCUUGAAUCUAUAUGGUAGCACAGAGGUUUCAGGUGAUUGUACAUAUUUUGACUGUAGAAAACUUCCAUCUCUUUUGGAGAUCGAGUCACUUACUACUGUUCCAAUAGGAAUGCCUCUUCCUAAUUGUAAUGUAUCACUUCUUGGAGAAGAAAUAUAUGUUUCUGGACUAUGUACUUCAAUCGGAUACAUAAAUCAUGACAUUAUGCCUCUUGAUAUUACAAAUUCUCAUCUGGGGUCUGCUUUUUUCUCUUCAAUUGAUGAAAAGGAAAGUGUAGUGUUGUUUAAGACAGGUGAUUUUGCCAAACAACUUCCUAGUGGUGACUUGGUUUUUGUAGGGAGAAAUGAUCGAAUUGUAAAGGUGAAUGGUAAUAGAAUUGCAUUAGAGGAGAUUGAAAAUACAUUGAGAUUACACAAUGAUGUGGAUGAUGUUGUUGUGACUUUUAAAAGAGUUGGAGAAGUUGCGUAUAUUGAAGCUUAUGUAGUUGUGAAACAUGGGAAAAGUUUGAGUUGUUGUAUUAGAGGUUGGAUGUUUGAGAAGCUUCCAUUAGCAAUGAUUCCUAGAAGGUUUUUGUUUGUGGAUUCGAUACCGAUUUCUUCUUCUUCUGGGAAGGUGGAUUAUGGUUUGUUGGAGAGUUCAAGUUGUUUAGUGUCAGAUAUUUGUAGUGAAAUGGAUGAGGUUAUUGAUGCCAAUCGUUUGCAGACAAUAAAAGAGGCCUUUUGUGAUGCUUUAUUGGUGGAAAAAGUCAACAACAAUGAUGAUUUCUUUGACUUGGGUGGUGAUUCAAUUUCAGCAGCUCAUGCUUCACAUAAACUAGGAAUCAAUAUGAAAUUGUUGUAUUCUUUUCCUUCUCCAUUAAACCUCCUCAUGGCUCUCAUGGAUCCUAAUAAUCAAUAUGAAAAAAUCGAUAUGAAAGUGUUGAAAGAGAGCAAACCACUUCCUAUUGUAUCUAAUGACACCCAUCUGAAAACAAAAAAGCUACAUACAAGGUUAUCUAAUGAGCUUGAUGAAUCUGGUUCUAAUAAUCAUCCUCCUCACAAGGUUUUAAAAAUGGAAGAUGAUAAUUGGGACUCCAUCUCAAAUCACAUGUGUUUUUGUGCAAUUACUCGUUGUAACAAAGUAAUGUUUGGGGAGAAAUAUGACAACAUUAAUACAUCAUUUCAAGCAACUAUUUGUGAGAAAAAGGGUUUUAUAAGAGAAGUGUGGAGAGUUAACAUGGAGUCUUGUGUUGAUGCAUCACCACUUGUUGUAGUGAGAGAAGAGGGAGUUUUUCUUUACAUUGGAUCUCAUUCAAGGAAAUUUAUCUGUGUGAAAGCCUCAAAUGGUGUUAUCCAGUGGGAGGUUGAAUUAGAAGGACGAGUAGAGUGCUCAGCAACAAUUUUGGGAGAUUUUUCUCAGGUUGUAGUUGGGUGUUACAAAGGGAACAUAUAUUUUCUCAAUUCCAUGAAUGGAAGCAUCACUUGGACUUUCCACACAGGUGGUGAGGUAAAGUCACAACCAGUGGUAGACAAGCAGAGGCAUCUUGUCUGGUGUGGAUCUUAUGACCAUAAUCUAUAUGCCCUUGAUUAUCAGACUCAUUCUUGUGUCUAUAACCUAAAUUGUGGUGGGAGCAUAUAUGGCUCACCUGUAAUCAAUGAGGCUGAUGAAACACUCUAUUUUGCAUCCACUAAUGGCUCCAUGACUGCAUUGUCUUUAAAGGCUAUACCAUUCGGUGUGUUAUGGGCUCAAGACAUGGGAGCACCCAUAUUUGGCUCUCUCUCCAUUGAUCACAUUAAUGGGAAUGUGAUAUGUUGCAUGGUGAAUGGACAUGUAGUUGCUGUUAAUGGAAAUGGAUCCAUCAUUUGGAGGGGAAUAACUGGGGGCCCGAUCUUUGGUGGGCCCAACAUAUCUCAUGUUUUACAUAACCAGUUGGUUAUAUGUUCGAGGGACGGAGGGGUCUAUUCGUUUGGUUUGGAAAAAGGAAAUCUACUGUGGAAGCACGAUUUGGGGGAACCGAUUGUUUCGUCUGCGUAUGUAGAUGAAAACUUACGGUUGAUAUCGGAUUAUUCACAUGUCAAGGAGGACAGGUUAAUUUGUGUGUGCACGAGUUCGGGAAGUAUAGUUGUGCUAAGAAUCAAGUUAGAUUGUAAUGAAGUGGAGGAAUUUGGUAGGUUGGACAUUGGUGGAGAUAUAUUCUCUUCACCCGUGUUUAUUUGUGGGAGGAUUUUUGUUGGUUGUAGAGAUGAUUACUUAUAUUGUCUUGAGAUUGAGGGAUAAAUAGAUAUUAAUGGAUGAAAUAUAGAAUUUUUAUGAA